AUGCAUCACCACCAGCAAUCCUACGGCGGCGGCGGGGGCUAUCCUGGCCAGCAAUACCACCAACAACAGUCGCAAAACCCUUAUGGAUACUCUCACUCCCCCCAACCUCCGCCCCAGCCCUACGGGUCGCCUGCCCCGCCACAGGGCUACAACCAAGGGCCUCCCCCGGGCUACCAGCAACCACCCCACGGUGGUCCUCCGAUGUACCAAGGCCAACCCCGCCCAGGUCCAGGAUACGGUGGUGGCCACCACAGCGGUGGUCCGCCACCUCCACCCACGGCGCCGGUCUCCUUCGGCAACGGCGCGCCCCAAGGCUACAACUUUCAGUACUCGCGCUGCACGGGUAAGCGCAAGGCGCUGCUGAUUGGUAUUAACUACUUCGGCCAGAAAGGCCAGCUGCGCGGAUGUAUCAACGAUGUCAAGAACAUGUCCAGCUACCUAAACCAGAACUUCGGGUAUGCUCGUGAAGACAUGGUUAUCUUGACGGAUGACCAGCAGAACCCUAUGAGCCAGCCAACUAAGGCGAAUAUUCUGCGCGCCAUGCACUGGCUUGUUAAGGAUGCCCAGCCUAACGACUCGCUCUUCUUCCACUACUCUGGUCACGGCGGCCAAACGCCCGAUCUCGACGGCGACGAAGAGGAUGGAUACGACGAAGUCAUCUACCCCGUUGACUUCCGUAACGCGGGACACAUCGUGGACGAUGAGAUGCACCGAAUCCUGGUGAACACAUUGCGCCCUGGUGUGCGGUUGACAGCCAUCUUCGAUUCCUGCCACUCCGGAUCCGCCCUGGAUCUGCCGUACAUCUACUCCACCUCCGGUGUGCUCAAGGAGCCCAACCUUGCCAAGGAAGCUGGCCAGGGCCUGCUGGGCGUUGUCCAAGCCUACGCACGUGGCGACAUGGGCAGCAUGGUGUCCACAGCCAUGGGAUUCAUCAAGAAAGCUACUAAGGGCGACGAGGCUUACGAGCGUACGAAGCAGACAAAGACCAGCCCGGCGGAUGUGAUCAUGUGGUCUGGCAGUAAGGAUGACCAAACCAGUCAAGAUGCCCAGAUUGCUGGCCAGGCUACCGGUGCCAUGUCGUGGGCUUUCAUUGCCGCUCUGCGGAAGAACCCCCAACAAAGCUAUGUCCAGCUGCUGAACAGCAUUCGCGACGAGCUGGCUGCUAAGUAUUCCCAAAAGCCUCAGUUGAGUUGCAGUCACCCGCUGGACACAAACCUUCUUUACGUGAUGUAA